CCUUCAUUUUCAGAUUCUGGUUUUACUCAUCGUGCUGUUUGCAUGUUUGACCGAAGGGGAAAUUACCAGGGGAGGUCAUUGUUACUACGACAGUGACUUGCAAAAGUACAGACACUUUGUAGGAAAACAUGCAUGGAAUAAUUAUCCAUCAUUUUACAUGGUGAAGGAGCUAGAACAACUCGAGAACAGCGGGAACAGGCAAAGACGGCACACUCGACCCAGCUGCCCCAAUCUUGUUGCCAGUAUUGAGCAGGUGACAGAGGAUCACAACAGUCGCUCUAUCUCCCCCUGGCGUUACAGGAUUGAUGUGGACGAAAACAGGUUACCGAUGAAACUCGCCUUUGCUGAGUGUCUGUGCUCGGGGUGCAUUGACGUCAGGACUGGGAGGGAGACCGACGCCGUCAACUCUGUUACAGUGAACCAGACCAUGAUGGUACUUCGGAGGAAACUGUGCCCAGACCUGAAGACGUACGCUUUCCAAGUAGAAUAUAUCAAAGUCCCGGUGGCAUGCACCUGUGUGCUUCCAAAAAGCCAUUACUAAAUGCCUCUUGUAGAGGUAUUUGGAAUGAAACCCUACUGUAGUGAGAUGUAUCACGUACCUAAAAAGUUGUGUUUGUUUUAAAACGUGCUUUAUUGUAAUGGGUCACAUUAACCCAAAACACUCGUAUAUUUUAACCAACCGUGUUUUUAUGUAACAACGUUCUGUUGUUAAAGACACAAUGUAUUUUGAAGUUGAUAUCUUAUUUA